AUGAAGAGAGAACCAACUCAGCAGAUCCACUCACUCCCACCUCCACAACCUCCCCCUCAGCUCAAGGAACACGAUGAUACCAUGCCUGCUACAAGCGAUUUCGUCAAAAAGUUGUACAAAAUGCUAGAAGACCAGUCUUUCACCCAUGUCGUCUCCUGGGGACCACAAGGUGACUGCUUUGUCGUCAAGGACAUGAACGAAUUCACAAAAUCCAUCCUCCCACGCAUGUUCAAGCACUCAAAUUUUGCUUCCUUCGUAAGACAGCUCAAUAAAUACGAUUUCCACAAAGUAAAGACAACAGACGACGCCCAAUUUGGCGAACACAGCUGGACUUUCCGACACCCUGAUUUCCACGCUGACAGACGUGACGCCCUUGAGAACAUCAAACGUAAAGUCCCUGCCGCACGCAAAAGCCUCCCCUCAAGCAGCGGCGUCAGCGGCCGAGGCGCUAGCUCCGGCAGCCCGAUCCCCGGUGAAGGAAGCGCCGAAUUAGCAGCUCAUUUGAGGAAUCAGGUUGGGAGGGCGGAGGAGAGAAUCAGGGUAUUGGAGAGGCAGUACGGGGAUGUGCUUGUUGAGAUGGUUAAUUUCCAGAGAGGGAUGGCGCAGCAGGACGGCUUGAUGCAAGGGCUGAUACAGUAUUUUUUAGGGGAGGGAGAUAUGGUCGCGCGGUUGACUCUGGUGCAGAUGAACGAAAUGUCGAGGCGGGCUGCGAGCGAUGCGGGGUAUAGGAUAUCGGGUUCGAGUCCGAGUUCUGGUGCAUCGGGGUCGUCGGGCGACGCCCCGUUUAUCCUUCCUCCUGAUAUGAACUGGGAUACGCCGACGAUGCACGAGGGCCUGCAAGUGUUCACUGUCGGGCAUUUGUUACCCCGGAGUAGUGUCGAGGAUCAAAACGGGAAUUGGAUUACGCCUACGACUAUCCGUGUUCGACGGUCUACGUUCGUGCCAGGGUGGGCUGUUCCGCCCAGGGUGCUGCUUGUAGACGACGAUGCGGUGAGCAGGAGACUGAGCAGCAAGUUCCUACAGGUCUUUGGGUGCAUGAUUGACGUUGCGGUGGACGGCGUUGGAGCUGUGAAUAAGAUGAAUCUCGAAAAAUAUGAUUUGGUGUUGAUGGACAUCGUGAUGCCCAAGAUGGACGGUAUAAGCGCAACGAAUCUCAUCCGCCAAUUCGACCAUAUGACCCCUAUCAUCAGCAUGACUUCCAACUCGAAACCGAGCGAGAUUAUGACGUAUUAUUCAUCUGGGAUGAAUGAUAUUUUGCCGAAACCGUUUACGAAGGAGGGGUUGUUGGAUAUGUUGGAGAAACACCUCAUGCACCUCAAAGUCAUCCAACAAAUGUCGAAACUACAACGACACGCAUCAUCCAAUCCCAGUUCCUCAUCCAGUACCACCGCCUCCUCCUCCAGCCUAAGUCCGAUGUUAGGAAUGUCGGGGUACGACGACGAUGGACGGAUCAACCCCCUAGCAGGGAUGGGUCUAUCAGAUGAGCGCUAUGCAGCGAUUCUUAGGGAUAUCGUUACGCAGGAGAGCUUUUCGGGCGUUGGUGUACCUGAGGGCUUUUCAUUCGGUCUCGCUGGUCCUUUGGGUCCCGGGAUGGGAGGUCUGGGAGGGGAGAAGAGGGGUUUGGACGAUGAGGGUGAGGUAAGAGAGGGCAAGAGAGGGCGGUUUGAAAUCAUUGAGUGA